AUGAAAACUCCGCAGAUUCAAAAAGCGUUCAGAGAUUUCUUGCGCAUUUUGAAUGUGCAGGAAAAAAACAAAUUGGAUGAAAGUGUUUUAAAUGAGCUGAAACAAUGGGGAAAAGAAAAAGUUCUGAAAAAUGACAAUGUGCUGCAGGAGUACUUGAAUUAUAAGCAAGUACUAAAUGAUUAUUCGCAAAUUGAAGAAGAUUAUGAAACGAAAGACCGAGUAGAAAAUAUAGAGAAGGUGGCAAACUAUGUCGGUCUCACAACAAAUUAUACAAAAACAGACAGGUCAUUCCCUAUGUCAGGAGAAUGA